AUGACUGCCGCUGCUCGCCCACAAAACGUUGGUAUCAAAGCCAUUGAAGUUUACAUUCCUUCACUUGCCAUCAACCAAGCUGAAUUAGAAAAAUUUGAUGGUGUUUCUUCCGGUAAAUACACCAUUGGCUUAGGUCAAACCAACAUGUCUUUUGUUAACGAUAGAGAAGAUAUCUAUUCAUUAUCAUUAACUGUCUUAUCCAGAUUGAUCAAAAACUACAACAUUGAUGUUAAUUCUAUUGGUAGAUUAGAAGUUGGUACUGAAACUCUAUUAGAUAAAUCCAAAUCUGUUAAAUCAGUUUUAGUCCAAUUAUUAGGUGAAAACACCGAUGUUGAAGGUAUUGAUACCAUUAAUGCUUGUUAUGGUGGUACCAAUGCAGUCUUCAAUGCUAUCAAUUGGGUUGAAUCAUCAGCUUGGGAUGGUAGAGAUGCUGUUGUUGUUGCUGGUGAUAUUGCCAUUUAUGAUAAAGGUGCUGCUAGACCAACUGGUGGAGCUGGUACUGUUGCCUUAUUGAUUGGUCCAGAUGCUCCAAUUGUCUUUGAUAACAUCAGAGGUUCAUAUUUCGAACAUGUUUAUGAUUUUUACAAACCAGAUUUCACUAGUGAGUACCCAUAUGUUGAUGGUCAUUUUUCCUUAGCUUGUUAUGUUAAAGCUUUAGAUAAAUCUUAUGCUGCUUAUUCUAAAAAAGCUUUGAAAGCUGGUGUUGAAGGAUUAACCAGUAAGACUGUUGGUGCCACUAAAAGAUUUGAUUAUAAUGCCUUCCAUGUUCCAACUUGUAAAUUAGUUGUUAAAUCAUAUGCUAGAUUGUUAUAUAAUGAUUUCAGAGAAAACCCUGAGUUAUACCCAGAAGUUGAUGCUAAUUUAGCUAAAUUAUCACCUGAAGAAAGUUUAACUGAUAAAACUGUUGAAAAAACUUUUGUUGCUUUGGCCAAAGAAUUAACUAAAGAAAGAGUUCAACCUGCAUUACAAAUUCCAACCAAUACCGGUAACUUAUACACUGGUUCUUUAUAUGCUUCAUUAGCUUCAUUGUUAUACUAUGUUGGUAAUGAUAAAUUACAAGGCAAACGUAUUGGUUUAUUUUCAUAUGGUUCAGGUUUAGCUGCUUCAUUAUUCUCAGCUGUUGUUAAAGGUGAUAUUUCACAUAUUACAAACAAUUUGAACUUUGAUAAAGUUUUGGCUUCAAGAAACUAUGUCUCACCAGAAGAAUAUGAAGCUGCUUUAGCAUUGAGAGAAGCUGCUCAUUUGAAGAAAGAUUUCAAACCAACUGGUUCAAUUGAUCAUAUUGCUUCAGGUUCUUAUUAUUUAACUGAAGUUAAUGACAAAUUCCACCGUAAAUAUGCUAUCAAGGAAUAA